AGAUUAAGAGUUAGUUACCAAAAAAUAAAAAAUCUAAAAUCUAAGUAUUUAAUUUAUUAUUUUUCUUAUUUUUAUUUGCAAUUUUACACAAACAAAUUAGUAUUUCAAAUGCAUAAAAACUAAAGUAUACAAGAAGAUAAAGAAUAAUAAUUUGCAAAACCCUUGGAUAAUCAAUAUGCACGUUUCGAUAUUAAUAGCCUCAAAAAUGAUAGGGGAUAUAAUAAUUAAGAAGAAUAUGAAUAUAACUACUAGAGAGAUUAUAAUUUGAGCUCUGUUUAGGUUUCUUAAAAAUCAGAAAGUAAAAAUUAACAAAUAUAGAGCCCAAAUUAGUAAAAUGGGUAUAGACAAAAUGAAGUUUAAAUUGCAGAAAUAAGCUUUGAUGAGAACGAUGCACUUUAAAUAUAAAAAGAAACUCCUUUAUUUUAGGGAUAGGCUAAUUAUCCUAUUUAAAAAGAUGAAGCAAAUUCUUACUUCAAAAAUUAUAUUGCCUAUUUGAAGCAUAAAAAUAAUGCUUCUGUUAGUUAAGAAAGUGCAGAAUAAAGAAUGCAAAAUCCAAUUUAAAGCAAAUAAAAUGGAAAUGAUUAAAAUAUGUAAUCAGUAAACUUGUCUCCAAUUUCAAAGAUUUCUCAUUAAAAAAGUUAAAGCUUGAAUCAAUCUUAAGAUCAGUAAGAAUAGGAAGAAGAUAACAGGAGUGAAAUAUCGUAGAUAUAAAAGUAUAUUUUGAAAAAAAAAGAGGAACACUUAAAUAAGUAAAUUGAAAUUAAAAAUAUGAAUUAUGUAGAUGCUAACAACUCGUAAGACCUUAUAACUUAAGAUAAUUUAGAUUAUGCUGAAUUAAUUAUAAAGAAAAAACCCAAACUAAUUCAAAAUACUUCAAAUGAAAAUAAUCCUUAAAUCAAAAAAGCUCUUAUCACUUAAUUCUAAGAAGAAAAUUAAAAAGAAAGUUUAAAAGCACAGCCUUCGGAGGAUGAAGAAGUAAUAGAAGGUUAUAAAUAAAAUCAAUCAACUGAAGGUGAAGGUGAGUUAUUUGUAAGCAACGAAGAAGCAUUAUAGAAAGCUGAGGAGUAAAAAUUAUCAACGUACAUAUCGCGUCAAGUCAUAAGACUCUCUCUUUAAAAUUAAAAAAAAAUAUUAUUCUAAGGCGAAUUAUAAAAAUAUAAACCUGGCUUGAAUUAUAAUUUUAUUUCAAGAUAUAUAACUUUAAAUUUAGAGAGCAUAAAAUAUUAUAAAGAUAGAGUGCAUUCUAAGUGCUAUGAAGAUAAACCUUUGUAAAUAAUACCUAUUGCUAGCAUUUAGUCUGUUUCUAAAGUGCAAUUCUAAGUUCCUCUCCUCCCAAAAGAAAAAUAAAGAUAAAAAAAUAAUUUACAGAAACUUUAUCCAGAUAAUUUAAGUAAAAAUGUGGUAGUUUAUUAUUUUGAAAUAAUUUUAGAUAACAACGAAAACAAGGCUGAAAACGACAGCUAAAUUGGAAACAAAAUUCAAUAUAACCAUUUAAUGCCUUAAGACAAAUUAGAUUCUUAUAGAAAUGGAGGACUAAAUAAAAAAAUUAAGGAUUUAACAACUUGGUCAGGAAGAAGUCAUGAAUGGUAUGAGUCAGAACAAAGGCUUUUGUUUUGUACUUAAGAUAAAUCAGUUCUAGAAACAUGGGUAGCUGUUUUGAAUUGGAUUAUUUCUCUUAAAAAGGAAUAGAAUAUAUCGUCUUACUCUCUUUUAUACUCCACAGAACGAAUUGAAAACUGA